AUGAUUGGAGGAUUGUUCAUCUACAACCACAAGGGGGAGGUGCUGAUCUCCCGCGUCUACCGCGAUGACAUAGGGCGCAAUGCGGUGGAUGUGUUCCGCGUGAACGUGAUCCAUGCGCGGCAGCAGGUACGCUCGCCGGUCACCAACAUCGCCCGCACCUGCUUCUUCCACGUCAAACGCUCCAACAUCUGGCUGGCGGCAGUCACCAAGCAGAAUGUCAACGCCGCUAUGGUGUUCGAGUUCCUCUGCAAGAUGUGCGACGUCAUGACAGCCUACUUCGGCAAGAUCAGCGAGGAGAACAUCAAGAACAACUUUGUGCUGAUCUACGAGCUGCUGGACGAGAUCCUGGACUUUGGCUACCACCAGAACUCGGAGACUGAGGCACUGAAGACCUUCAUCACUCAAACGGGCAUCAAGAGCCAGUCCAAGGAGGAGCAGUCUCAGAUCACCAGUCAGGUGACUGGGCAGGUCGGCUGGCGUUGCGUGGGCAUCAAGUACCGUCGCCACGAUCUUUUCCUGGACGUGCUGGAGAGUGUCAACUCCUGAGUGGCGCAGUGGUCUAAGGCACUGCAUCGCAGUGCUAACUGUGCCACUAGAGAUCCUGGUUCGAAUCCAGGCUCUGUCGCAGCCGGCCGCGACCGGGAGACUCAUGGGCGGCGCACAAUUGGCCCUGCGUCGUCCAGGGUAGGGGAGGGAAUGGCCGGCAGGGAUGUAGCUCAGUUGAUAGGGCAUGGCGUUUGCAACGCCAGGGUUGUGGGUUCGAUUCCCACGGGGGGCCAGUUUAAAUAUAUAAAAUAUGUAUUCACUAACUGUAAGUCGCUCUGGAUAAGAGCGUCUGCUAAAUGACUAAAAUGUAAAUGUCAACCUGCUGAUGUCUCCACAAGGUCAGGUAAUGAGCGCCCACGUCUCGGGCCGCGUGGUUAUGAAGAGCUACCUGAGCGGCAUGCCAGAGUGCAAAUUUGGCAUGAACGACAAGAUCGGCAAGGGGGGCGCCGAUGAGGCGGCAGGCAAGAGUGGCGGUGGUGGCGGUAAGCAAUCCGUAGCCAUUGACGACUGUACAUUCCACCAGUGUGUGCGUCUCAGCAAGUUUGACGCUGAGCGCAGCAUCAGCUUCAUUCCUCCGGACGGAGAGUGUGAGCUCAUGAGGUACCGCUCCACCAAGGACAUCAUCCUACCCUUCCGUGUCAUCCCCCUUGUCAGGGAGGUGGGCCGCACCUAGCUUGAGGUCAAGGUGGUCAUUAAGUCCAACUUCAAGCCCUCGCUUCUGGCUCAGAAGAUUGAGGUGCGCAUCCCCACCCCUCUCAACACCAGUGGGGUCCUGGGUGAUCUGCAUGAAGGGCAAGGCCAAGUACAAGGCCAGCGAAAACGCCAUUGUCUGGAAGAUCAAGCGUAUGGCAGGGAUGAAGGAGUCUCAGAUCAGUGCCGAGAUUGAGCUGCUGCCCACCAAUGACAAGAAGAAGUGGGCGCGCCCUCCCAUCUCCAUGAACUUUGAGGUGCUAUUUGCUCCGUCCAGGCUCAAGGUGCGCUACCUGAAGGUGUUCGAGCCAAAGCUGAACUACAGUGACCACGAUGUCAUCAAAUGGGUGCGGUACAUCGGCAUCUACGAGACAUGCUGCUAA